AUGAAUUCAAACAUACCGAAUCGACCAAAAAGACUAGUAUUUCCUCAAAAUGAUCAAAAACUUGAUCGUUUGAAAAGUAAAAGCUUAGAAGAUCUAAAUUCACCAACUGAGUGUGGAUUUUAUACACCAAGAGCAACUAUCAAAGGUAUAUAUUUUUAUUGUACUUCGCUUUUGCUCUGUUGUUUUUGUCGAUUUUCAAUAUUUUUGCCUGAUUUUUUUCCAGACAAAGAUGCUACUCGUGUUCCGAAAAUCACAUUUACGAGCAACGAUUCGAUCGAUAAUGCACCACCAACUUACAAUCUCGGAGACAUUCAAGAUAUUCUGAAAAGAAAAAUCGAGAGUGAGUUUUGGAUUUCAAAAAUUUAUUUUCGCGCGUGCAUGAGUUUGCAUUAGAGCGCGUUUACAAUCACCAAAAUAAUUGAAUUUAUUUUUCUUCUUCACACCAAAAACUCCAAUUUCCCACUUUGUUUGUAUUAUAAUUUCGGCUUUUUUGUAUAAUAACGUUCCGAUUUAACACAUUUUCCUCAUUUUCCUUUUCACCCUCUUAAAAUUUUCGCAUAUUUCGCUCAUCUGUCGUGUUGUCUCGUCCUUUCGAGUGUUGUGUUUGUCCGAGGAAAAAAAACAACAGAAAAACAUUCAUAUUUUUUGGCAUAAUACGAUACGAUUAUGGAUACAUUUAGCUUGUUGUCAUCUGAUGAUCAACGCCGACUUUCGUCUGAUGAAAAGGCGGUGAGGAGUUCCGGUAGGUUUGAGUUUUUUGUUGUUGAAAGUUCACUAAUAAAAUUAACUUUGAAGAAGAAAAGACGCUGAGACAGUAGAAUAUUCGCAAAAUGAGGUCAAAAAUACACAUUUUUCUCAAUUGUUGGACAUUUCCCAAAAAUCCCAGUAAACGUGGAAAUCCUCUAUUUUCUCUGCGUCUCCUUCUCUCUUUCUCGAUUCGCACUUAAAAUCCCGUAUUUUCUGAUCGUAGUUUUUCAAAGAACAUAAUUGAUGUCUCAAAAUGUUUCUAACAUAAAAUUAUUUUUCUAAUUUUUCAGAACCAUUCUCAAAGGUGCGAGAAGCCAGUUCGUUUGGAUCUCUCAAUGAAGCAAGGUUGGUUUUUUUGUUUUUCAAAAAAAAAUCUCAAAUUUGCCAAUAAAAAUCGUUGUCUCAACCAAGAAAAAAUCAAUGAAAAUAUUAAAACCAUCUUUCUUUUUUCAAAGCGGUUUAUUUUCAAGCAACUCCUCGAGGAAAAAAACAAUUGUUCUUUUUUUGCUACUAUACAUUUUUUAUUAUUAGUAACUUCUGAGAAAAAUGGUAUCGAAAAAAGAGUUGGCCAAAAUUCAAAAUUACCGGCGACAAAGUGAAUUUUCGUAUUUUUCGAUGAUGAAUUCAAGGUUUUGUUUUCUCUUUUGUUGACAAAAAAUGACGAAUAUGUAUUUUAUUUUAUUUGAAUUUAUUCCAGAAAAAAACCACAUUUUUGUGAUGCUUUUUUUUUCAAAAACAAAUUUUUUCAGAGUUCAAUUUGCUCUUUCACAAACACCACCAAUGAGUACAACUGGUCGUCAACCGAAUUCCGAACCGAAAAAAGAGAAUUUGCUAUCAUCUGGAGGACAUAACAAUCAUACGCUUUCACCGGUUAUUCAUUGUUUCACAAAAGAGUGAGUUUUUCUGAAAACAAAGUUCUUAUGAAUUUUGAAAGUGCAAAAGUGUUUUUGAAAAACAACAAAAAAUAAAUGAAAAGAGAUUACAAACUUAAAUACAUGUAUUUAUUUAUGUUGUCGAGUGAGGUUGUUUCAAUUUUAUAUAGAAGGUUUUGUUUUUUUUUUCUUUUUUUAUGACAGUUUUGGGCUUUGGAGAAAAAUAUGUUUCUGUUUUGGGAAUGUUCGCCAAACGUGGUUGAUUUCUAAUCAGGUUUUUGAACUUUGCCAAUUAUUUUUGAACAUUUGGUUCAAAUUAUUUUUUGUUUGUAGUUUGAUGAGUCAGAGGAAAAAAAUUAUUGAAUUGUUCGAGAUAGAAACGAACUAUGUUUAGAGGAAUGACUCGUUCGAAUUCAACCAAAAUUAUGAAAUAUAAAUUCUGUAAUUGCUCUGAAAAUCAGUAAUUUCAAAAAUUGUUCUCAAAUUCGGUUUUGUGACUUUGGUAAAUUUCAGUAUGAAAAUUGGCUUGAAAACAGUUCCCCUAUGGAAUUUUAGGUUGUGAAUACAGUAUGAAUUUGAUAUGAUCUAAUAUUUCUCUCAAAUUCGGUCUUCCUCUUCUAUUUUUGGCUUUUUUCCAAAAGUUUAAUAUUGUUCGAUUUAUCAAAAACAAUAUUUAUUUCCGUCUUUUCUCAUACAAAAAACAAUCAAAGCACCCACAUUUGAUUUGUUGAUUCUUCAUCUUCUCCUAAUGAACCUAUUUGAUCUAUCCAGCCAUAUGAAUCAAUCAAUCAAUCAACUCAAGCGUGCAAAAUAUAUAAUCCAUGAUUUAAUGAUUAAUCGAUGA